CUGCUGAUCGUUGCCUAGUUACGAGUCGCAGUUUUCUGGUGAACAUUAUAGCGUAGACAAUAGCGUCUCGUUACUAGGCAACGGUCUGAAUGGCGUCUUGAAAGGAUGACGAUGCAGAAGAGACUGACUUCAAAAAACACCAACUUGGUGAUCACGUCAGUAGCUUUCCAGGACCACAUCUCACGGAGCCUGCUGGAGCCCCCCGGGUCUGUCAGCAGAGCGGCCGCCAAGAGCCGCCGAAAUAAACCUUCAAACCCUGACCGAUCCCAGGUCAGACCGGGUCAGGGAGACCAGACCAGACCGGGUCAGGGGGACCAGGAAUUAGACAGGGAAUAUGUAGUUGAUGACGCCCCGGCUCGUUUAACUUUAGCUCAGCGGCUGGGUCUAGUGGCGGCCCCGGCCCAGCGGCUCACGGGGUCGGAGUGGAGCGCUGUGAAGAGCCGUUGCGUCCGGCAAGGAGACUCCGCCUCUCCCUGCGCCAUUUGUAGGGAGGAGUUUUGUCUCCAGCCUCAGGUGCUGCUCUCCUGCUCCCAUGUUUUUCACCGGGCAUGUUUGCAGUCGUACGAGAGAUUCUGCGGCAGGAAAUGCUGUCCCAUGUGCAGGAAGGAACAGUAUGAGACACGCGUCAUCCACGAUGCCGCGUUCCUCUUCAGACAGCGGAGUGCCACCAGAAUCCAGGCGUGUUGGCGUGGUUACCUGGCCCGCCGAUGGUACAGACAGGUACGCAAGACCACCCCCCCCAGGGACAGGCACCUGCGGCGCAAGUUUUUUGAAGAGAAGCUUCAGGAGCUGAACACCAGCCUGCUGCGGUGCUGCCAGGCCGACGUUGAGGGCUUCCUGUGGGGCAUCGACCGCAGCCUGUCCUCCUCCCGCCGGGUCUUCCAGCAGCUGGGGAGACCGGCUGGACUUACCCCGCAGGACUGGGACAGCGUCCUAGGGCAGGCGCAGCGGCGGGGCACAUGGGACUGUCCCAUCUGUCUAACCCCCGUGUUCAGCUCGGGGUGGGGGUCAGGGAGGGGAGGCGUGCUGCUCUCCUGCUCCCACCUCUUCCACCCCUCGUGUCUGGACGCAUUUGAGAGCUUCGGCCAGGAUCGGACGCCCUCCUGCCCGCUGUGCAGGUCGUCCUACAGCCGCAGACCGGUCUGAGUGAUAUGGGGGUACAGAGACACUCAAACCGAUGUACAAGCAGCGCUGACUGAUGUAUCAAA